CGGCGCACUACCCACUCCACUCCCCCAAACUCCACACACGCACUCGGCCACUCCCCAUCCGAUGGCCGGCGGCCGCCCUUUCCGGCCGUCCGCGCCGCGCCGCGCCGCGUUCGCGGGCCUACUCACGCUCCUCCUCCUGGCGUCCCUCGCAUUCCUCCUCUCCUCGCCCCCCGCCGCCGCCUCCUCCCGCUCCCCGCUCUCCCCGCCGUCCCGCCUCGCCGCCAUCCGCCGGCACGCCGCGGACCACGCCGCCGUCCUCGCCGCCUACGCCGCGCACGCGCGGAAGCUCAAGGAGGCGUCCGCCGCGCAGUCGCUCUCCUUCUCCGCCCUCUCCUCCGACCUCUCCGCGCUCUCCUCCCGCCUCGCCGCGCACCAGUCCCUUCCCGAGGACGCGCGCAGGCCCCUCGAGAAGGAGGCCCGCGACCGCAUCAAGUUCGCCCGCCUCCUCGCCGCCGACUCCAAGGAAGGCUUCGACACGCAGGCCAAGAUCCAGAAGCUCUCCGACACCGUCUUCGCCGUCGGCGAGCACCUCGCGCGCUCCCGCCGCGCCGGCCGCAUGUCCUCCCGCAUCGCCGCCGGCUCCACCCCCAAGUCCCUGCACUGCCUCGCCAUGCGCCUCCUCGAGGCCCGCCUCGCCAGGCCCUCCGCCUUCGCCCACGACCCCGACCCGUCCCCCGCCUUCCACGACCCCGCCCUCUACCACUACGCCAUCUUCUCCGACAACGUCCUCGCCGCCUCCGUCGUCAUCACCUCCGCCACGCGCGCCGCCGCCGAUCCCUCGCGCCACGUCUUCCACGUCGUCACCGCGCCCAUGUACCUACCCGCCUUCCGCGUCUGGUUCGCGCGCCGCCCGCCGCCGCUCGGCGUGCACGUCCAGCUCAUCGCCUACUCCGACUUCCCCUUCCUCAAUGCCUCCUUCUCGCCGGUGCUCAGGCAGAUUGACACCGGCAAGCGGGACGUGGCCUUGGUCGAUUACCUCAGAUUCUACCUCCCGGAGAUGUUCCCGGCGCUGCACAGGGUAGUGCUCUUGGAAGAUGAUGUGGUCGUUCAGAAGGAUUUAGCGGGGCUUUGGCAUGUCGACUUGGAUGGCAAGGUGAAUGGCGCCGUGGAGAUGUGCUUCGGAGGGUUCAGGAGGUAUAGGAAGUAUCUCAACUUCACGCAGGACAUUGUGCGGGAGCGCUUUAAUCCCACUGCCUGCGCAUGGGAGUAUGGGGUCAAUGUAUUUGAUCUCCAGGCAUGGCGGCGGGAUGGCUGCACCGAGUUGUUUCAUCAGUACAUGGACCUGAAUGAGGACGGAGAACUCUGGGAUCCAACAUCUGUUCUACCAGCUGGACUGAUGGCAUUCUAUGGCAAUACAAAGCCACUUGACAAGUCAUGGCAUGUAAUGGGUCUUGGAUAUAAUCCAAGCAUCAGCCCUGAGGUGAUCCGUGGUGCUGCAGUAAUACAUUUUAAUGGGAAUAUGAAGCCGUGGCUUGACGUUGCUUUCAACCAGUACAAGGCUCUGUGGACCAAGCAUGUUGACACUGAAAUGGAAUUCCUGACACUAUGUAACUUUGGUCUCUGAAGUAAUUGAAGAAAUGUUCUAAUAAUCAGGAAGCCACCAAUAUGUUGUUUGUUUUAUUGGCAAAAGAGCCUACACGAGUACUAUAUAUAUGGUAUCUUUAGCGAAGUUAUAUACCGGCUAUGGUGGUAAAAAAUGUUCUUGUAGAUUUUAUAGCUUGUUGAUGGUAGUAGUUAUUUUGUAUCUAUGUACUGUACUGUUGUGGAGUUGUGGUAUAGUAGUAAAUUAUAGAUGAGCUUUUGUGUACUAUCUGUAGCAAACAUAUCUUUGGUUGUAUAUUUACUACAAGGAAGAAAAAAGUUGUACCCAGGUUGACAUUUUAUAGUUUUAACUUUUUAUGAUUCA